UGUAAAUAUUGUUCCACAGUGAAACACUCGUUGAUGCACUCUGUCACUGGAUCCUCUGGAGACCCAAACAUCUCAGAGUUUGCAGGUGUUGUAUUGUUUGAUGGCACUGAGGCUGUUUACUGUGACAGCAGGAACAAGAAAUUAGAACCAAGACAGGACUGGAUGAAAAAAAUAUUCAGCAAUGACACUCAGCACUUGGCAUUGUACACCCAACAGUGUUUUGAAGAUCAGCCAAAGAUCUUCAGAUUCUUGAUUUCUACUGUAAAGCAGCUGUUACAUCAAAUAGAAGGUGUUCACAUAUUACAGAGAACAGGUGGAUGUGAAUGGAAUGAAAACACUGAUGAAGUGGUUGGUAUGGUACAGUAUGGGUAUAAUGGAGAAGGCUUUCUUGAACUGGAUCUUAAGACACUGACAUGGAUCCCACUGAAACCAGAAGCUGCCAUUAUCAAAAAGGAAUGGGAUACUGACACAAUUGUACUCAAAGACAUUGAAAGCCUUCUCACUAAGGUUUGUCGAGAGUGGCUGAAGAGGUAUUGGAGCUAUGGGAGCAGCUUCCUGCAGAGAACAGUUCUUCCUUCGGUGUCUCUCCUCCAGAAGACUCCCUCCUCUCCAGUCAGCUGCCACACGACAGGUUUCUAUCCUGACAGAGUCAUGAUGUUCUGGAGGAAAGAUGGAGAGGAGAUUCAUGAAGGUGUGGACCACAGAGAAAUCCUCCCCAACAAUGAUGAGACCUUUCAGAUAACUGUUAAUCUGAAUGUUUCAUCAGUAAGACCAGAAGACUGGAAAAGAUACGACUGUGUGUUUCAUCUCUCUGGUGUUGAGGACAACAUUGUAACCAAACUGGAUAAAACAGCAAUCAGAACAAAUUGGGAUGAAAACAACAGAACAAAAUUAAUCUCCAUCAUUGUUGUUGUUCCUGUUCUCAUCGCUAUUGCUGCUGCUGGAUUUGUUGUUUACAAAAGGAAAAAAGCUCCCGUUGACGUCUAUGAAUCGUAUGAGUCACUGAAUUGA